AUUGGUUUAUAAUACAAGGACAUUUAUUUAUGAUCUGUAUCUGGUAUAAACACUCCUCAUAAGAUAAGCUUUCGUUGCGACAUUUACGCAGCCCUUUUGUCAUCUAAGAUAUCUACGUGGCAAACUACAUACGGAAACAUGGGGCCAUUUUCGAUGUUGCUGAUUCAAACAGUGUUCGGCGUUGUAUUUAAACCAGCAAUGACUUUGACAUGUCUGCAGUGCAGCAAUAUCCCAAGACCACUUCAUUGUAAAACUGUUGUUAAUUGUUUCAAAGGGGAGAUGUGUGGCAUUGAAAAGUUUAAAAACAGUUUCGGUGAAGACCUCUUUAAUGUUGGAUGUAUGUCCUCAAUGAAAUGUUCAAAGUCCAAUAACACUGACUGUAGGGAAUGUUGCAAUCAUAAUUUAUGCAAUGUUGAAGGCUGUGGUGAAGAAGGUUACCCUUUUAUCCGUGGCUCGAUUUGUUACAACUGUCCACUUUACUCAGAUUCUCAGCCAUGCCAUAAUAUACAAUUUUGCGAAGCCGGAGAGUCAUGUAUGUUUGAUUCAAAAAGAGAAUUUGGAGAAAGCGUUUACUCAAGCGGUUGUGAAAACGUGCACAAUUGUGAGCAAAAGAAUGUAGCGAUUGUUGGACGAGAUCUUGAAGACAAUCCCGGAGUCAAUUUGAAGUCAAUCAAAGAACAUGUUUGUCGCCAGUGCUGUAAUCAGGAUCUGUGCAAUGACGAUUGUAACGCAACAAUAUAUACAUCUGGUGCACAAGAUUGCAAAGAUAUUCAACAAUUAUUUCCUGGAGCAAAUAGCGGAAUAUAUGACAUUACAUUAUGGAGAUCCAAAAAGACUUUAAAGGUUAUGUGUGACAUGGAUACUAAUGGAGGGGGAUGGACGGUAAUCCAGAGACGUGUUGAUGGAAACGUUGAUUUCAACAGAAGCUUUGCUGAGUAUGUAAAUGGUUUUGGAACCCUCCAUGGAGAAUUUUGGCUUGGACUAGAUGCAAUAAAAGAGUUGUCUGACAGAGGUGAAACGGAACUUAGGCUGGAUUUAAUGUCUUUAAACGGAGAUGUGGCCUAUGAAGUCUUCGGUAACUUUAGACAAGAGACGACACAAAAUUAUAUUCUCAAUAUCGAUCAGGGACAUGGUACAGCAGGAGAUAGCACUGGUCUCUCGUACAGUAAUGGUCACUCUUUUGGUGCGUAUGACAAGGACAGUACACACAAACAAUGUGCACUCAAUAGUGGAAGUGGAUGGUGGUUUCGUGGUUGCUCUUUCGCAAAUCUCAACGGAAUGUAUCCUGCAGAUGGUCCUUUUCAUCGUGAUGGUGGUUUUGAAUAUCACAAUUUUACACAUGGAAAACCGUUACGUGAAUCAAAAAUGAUGAUAAAAAUCGUUUAAUAUGUCAGUUAUUCAAUGUGCAAAUAGAAGCUAUACAUUACAUAUACAUGUAUAUAACAUAUUGAUUUAAAAAUG